AUGACGCGCUGUAUAAUAUCGUACUGCGUGAGCAUUCAGCGAGCCAGUCCAUCCGCACCUCACCCUGUCACCUCGGUUCUGCCCAUCACCACCGCAUCAGCACGUUCCGAAUCCAGUAACCACCCGUUCGGCCGCAAUUGCCGGCUUGCAGCAUCGGCGGUGGAGGGGAGUGUGAGCUCAGGGAUUGCCGAUGGGGGAGGUGAGGUGCAGGGCGAUGGGGAGGAUGAGGAGGGGGGGAUGAGAGGGGAGAGGAGACGGGAGAGACGUGGAGUGGGGGAGAAGGCUGUGCGAGACGAGAAGGGCAUUCCAGCAGAAAUUGUAGAGUUGAGUAUGGUUGAAACGAGUCAGAUCAAAACGAGUCACGUUGAAACGAGUGCAACUGAAACGAGUCAGACUGGCAAGGGUGGCGGCGCUGGGAGCAAGAGAGCAGCCGUUGCGGCUGCUGUGAGAAGAGCCGCUGCUCUGGUGGGUACUGUGCCCGUUAAACUAAAGGAAACUGCUGCUCCGAUAAAAGAGGUGCCUGGUAGGCUGAAAAGAGCUGCUGGCGUGGCUGCUGAGGCACCUAGAGCGUUGACAAAGGCCGCUGGUGAAGUAGGUCGCAAGGCAGGGCAGAGGCUGACUCAGCUGCCGGAUUCUGUCUUUGACUUGGGUCAACGCGCUGGUCAACGGGUCAAAGGCAGGCUGGGAGACCUGGGAGGUCCCAAGGCAGGGCAAAAGCUGAGCCAGCUGCCGGAUGCUGUCUUUGACUUGGGUCAACGCACUGGUCAACGGGUCAAAGGCAGGCUGGCAGACAUGGCAAUUCACAAGGCUGGGCAGAAUUCGGAGAGUGGUGCUGCUGGGGAGAAGGAUGGGGAUUAUAGCGAGGGGAGGCUUGUUGCCAAGGCUGGUGGUGUGACUGAAGGCAGAGGUGCUACAAUGGAGGACCCACCUGACCCUACCGGACACUCCCAGGAGACUGCAGCAGCAGGAGCAUGCCGAGCAGCGGUGGUGGAGGGAGAAGAGUGGGAAGAGAGGAGAAGAGGAGGGGCGAGCUGGGUGAUCGAUAGUAGCAGCAGUAAUAGCCAUAGUGAUAAGGAGAGAAUGAGCCGGCACAGGGGCAUGGGAGGGAGGCAAGGAGAGCGUUGGAGCGGCAGUAGCGCGGGCAUAUCGGAGGAGACAGUGAGGGAGGCUUUGGAAGGGGCUGCAGCCGCUGCCUGCUGUGGUGUCCAAGGGCUGCAGCCGCUGCCUGCUGUGGUGUCUAGAGUGACUGGCGCCGCGGAGGUGGUGCUCACUGCACGACAGUAUGUGGCCAGGAUGGUGAGUGAUGCACGGGUGCUGGAAGGCAGGCAGGUGAUGGAAGCUCACCGGAAGCUUCUGGCGGAGAUUGAGGAGAUCUACGGCGUGCCGGCCAAUGUGAUGACUGCGCUGUGGGGCAUAGAGAGCAGGUAUUGUAACGAGCCUCGCCGUGCUGCAUUCUUCCGGGAAGAGCUAAUGGAAGCGCUCUCUAUCCUUGAGAACAACCACGGGCCUCUCAGAGCAGCACACUCCCACCAGCGCGAUCCUUUUCUCCUCCCUUCCUUUUUCUGUCUGCAGCCUCGCCGCGCCGCAUUCUUCCGGGAAGAGCUAAUGGAAGCGCUGUCUAUCCUUGAGAACAACCACGGGCCUCCCGUAGCAAUCCAGAGCCUUCCUGCUGCUGCUGCUGCUGAUACAGCUGCAAGCGCAGUGGGAGAGAGGAGGGUGCGGCUGCUAGGGUCGUAUGCAGGGGCCAUGGGGCAGUGCCAGUUCAUGCCGUCGUCCUUCAAGGCCUAUGCUGUUGACUAUGAUGGAGAUGGGAGAAGAGGUGAGGUGGGGGAAUUGAGAGUAGAGUUGCUGGGGUCGUAUGCAGGGGCCAUGGGGCAGUGCCAGUUCAUGCCUUCGUCUUUCAAGGCUUAUGCGGUGGAUUACGAUGGAGACGGGCGGAGAGGGGCGAUGGGGCAGUGCCAGUUCAUGCCAUCAUCUUUUAAGGCGUAUGCUGUUGACUACAAUGGAGACGGGCGGAGAGAUAUUUGGACUUCCAUUCCCGACGUGCUCGCAUCAAUGGCAAACUACCUCAAGUGCAACCGGUGGAAACGAGGGGAGCCAGUGGGGGUUGAGGUGGUCCUGCCCCCCGACUUCCCGCCUUCGCUCUUAAAGCCCGCCGUGAAACUCACAGUGGCGGAGUGGCAGCAGAAGCACGGAAUCGCACCUGACGGUCCAGCUGGCGUCGCUUACCUGGCAUGCCACAACUUCCACGUCAUCCUGCGCUACAACCCCGCCAAGCUGUACGGCCUGGCCAUUGCUGAGCUGGCACGCAGACUGGGGUAA